CUUUAUCAAAAAGGAGUGGGGAGGUGCAAUCACCGAUUGAAUUUUGCCGAGAAUGAAAAUUUAACGAGAUAAAAAAAAUUAUUUGAAUAAAAGACUGUGAUUUAACAUAAAAGUAAAACACAAAAUUGCGAAUUAAAUUUGUACAUUGACUACCCAUGUAAUUGAUUCAUUAUACCCUCACUUUCUCUAUUCAGUUCUUUUGUUUCUUUUUCGGUGGACUUCAAACUGAAAUGCAAAAAAUCCCUCUCACCAGAACAAAGUCGACUACGAAGCGUGAAAAAACCACUAGCGAAAAAGAAAAUUAUGCGUUGAAGAAAGAAGAUAUGGCAUCUCACCGCAGUAAAGCAGUCAAAGGCACAAAAAAAGAUAAAUUUCAAGUUCCUGUUGCUGUAUUUGAUGAGCAAGAAAAUCCAAAUCAGAAAUCUAUGUAUCCUAAACAUUUGGUAUAUAUUGAUGGCAAAGAUAUUCAGCUGGAGGAAAUCAGAGCUAUGAAUUAUUGGAAUAAAAUAAAAGCUGGGGGUAUUGCAUUUGAAAAAGGUAUACAAUGUACGCAUCAGCUCCCUCCAGAGACCAAGAAAAUAUUUCGGGAUGUCUCCACUCAAACCGAAGCUGAAAUUCUGCCAACAGAAAUCCAAAAAGUUCAACUAAUAGAGAAUUACACUCAAACAGAAUCGAAUAACGUGUCGGUGAAAGAAACCAGCGCUCAGACCAGUUUUUAUUCCACGCAUAAAUCCUCGCAAACUGAUUCGCCUAAUCUAGUCUCGAAAAAUAAUUUGGCCGAAAAACAGAUUCCGAAAACAAUUCAAUCGACCAAUGAAAUAAGUAUUCAAACCACUACACCGAUAUCCUCUCCAAUCGCUGCAAAGAAAAAUAUACCAAGCAUAGGCUCGAAAACACUCGAAGCGGCGUGUGCUGAUAUUGUAAUAACGCCGCCAACGACGGUUCCACCUGUUGAUAAAAGAUAUGAAACCAUUGUGAUUGAUAAAUGUGAAGAAAAACGAGAUCUCGUCGAUUUUAAGUCAUUUAUUCGUGGAAGUGGUGGUAUGUUACCCAACAUGGAACAUUUGGACGACGAAAAUGAUACCAUUGUGGAUACUCGAGCAUUCAAAGUCUUGCCUUCCUCUACACCUUUCCACACGAAUAAAAAAAUAAAUAUACCUGAAGAUGAAAAUACGAUGAUAGCUUACGAACCUGUCGAUAAAAACGAAUCAGUUCAUCUUACGAAAUCUCACGUCAAUUUAAGCAUGAUCGUAGAAUUAUCGAAAGAAAUCUACAGUCAAUCAACGACCGCGAGUAAAAUCGAAGGAAUCAAUUCGAAAACUUUCACGAUACCAAAUCAUCGAGUUAUCGAUCAAAACGACGAUACAGAUUCGGAUAAUUUCAAUUUACGUUCAAUUAGUAAUCCUUUCGACGACAAUGUGAUUCAACACUUGUUAUUGAGUGUUUCGUUUCCUACUGACAACCACUUAACAGGGUAUUCUCAUUUUGACUCAGAUGUGCCCAUCUUACGGUCGAGAAGUACCAUUAAAUUGGGACCUGAUAAAUUCACUGUUUCGGGAGAAAUAGGCGAAGGAGCCUAUGCUAGAAUUCUAAAAAUUCAACCCGACUAUAAUGCACACAAAUCGAUGGCUUUGAAGCAUCAAGAACCUCCUUGUCUUUGGGAAUGGUACAUUAAUAAAGAAAUAUUCAAUCGAUUAAUCGAUAAAGAUAAACUACAAUACUUCAUCGAGUACUCGAAAAUUUAUGUUUUUAAAAAUGCCAGUUUGAUAUUAUCGGAUUGGGCUCCGUAUGGCAAUAUUUUAAAUUUAUUGAACGUUCUUAAAAAUGCCAAGAAUCUCGUUUUAAAAGAUCGCUGUCCGAUGAGCGUUUGUGUUCAUUUGAGUAUCCAAAUGAUCUCGUCUAUUCAAUAUCUGCAUUCGUGUGAAAUAAUUCACGGUGACGUUAAACCGGAUAAUUUCGUUUUAGUGCCUUGCUCAUCGAAUACUUCUUUGCGAGUGAAAUUGAUAGAUUUCGGUAGAUCAAUCGAUAUGAAACUGUUCCCUCCUGGAAAGACUUUCAAUUACGUCGUCAGUACGGAGAAUUUCACUUGUAAUGAAAUGAAAGAACAAAAACCGUGGACGUAUCAGACUGACCUCUUCGGAUUAGCUGGAACUAUGUAUAUAUUAUUAGUAGGAAAAUACAUGGUGACGCAGAAACGAGACGGAGCCUGGGUUUUUGAUAAAGCAUUACCUAGGUAUUACCAUCCGGACAUUUGGAUGCCGAUUUUCCACAAUUUAUUAAACAUUCCCUCAUGCAACGUGCUGCCAAAUUUAUCUGACUUUAGGAAAAUACUCGACGAAUUUUUCUCGAAUAAAAUCGGUAAAUUUACUUUAUCCCGAGAAAUGAAUAACGUAUUAUCCGUAUUGAACAAAAAAUAAUUCUAAAAAGUUUUCAUUCAACUUAAAUCGCAUUUUCUUUUUUAUAAUGAAAAUUUUGUGCAUUUUUUUAUUUAGUCAUUUGUGUGUAACUGUUUUAUA